AUGGCCCUGAAGCAAAACAGUACAGUCGCUGAUUACAGAAGAAGAUUAGAAGCUGUAGCUGCUUUGCUGGUGGAAGAGAAAGAAGAGAUCCCGAACGCUGCGUUUUUGAAUGGUUUAAAGGCAGAAAUUCGGGCUGAGCUGAGGCCGAAAUACAAAGGAAAAGAGAGAAAAGGGUUGUGCUUCAAGUGUGAUGGGAAGUAUUUCUUUGGCCAUAAGUGUGGUGAGAAACAGUUUCAAGUAAUCCUUGUUGAUGAAGAAGAAGAAGAUUUGGAUCUGGGGGACGUGGAAACCAGUGAAGUAGCGACGACAGAACAAAUCCAAGGUAAUGUUGAACUUUCCCUUAGCUCGGUUGUUGGAAUCAAUGGCCCAAAAACAAUGAAGUUGAAGGGAAGUAUUAUGGGUCAGGAGGUUAUUAUCUUGAUUGACAGUGGGGCUUCCCACAAUUUCAUUAGCCGAGAGUUUGUAAAGAAGUUGGCUAUUGCUGUAGAAAGAACACAGGCGUUUGGAGUGAGAGUUGGAGAUGGAUAUAAAGUCCGAUGUGAGGGAGAGUGUAAGGCAGUACGUUUGGAAGUCCAGAGGGUACAAAUAAUUCAAGAUUUUUUUCCCUUUGACAUGAGUAGUGCAGAUGUAGUGCUAGGCAUGGCUUGGUUGGAAACAUUAGGGGAAACUACAAUGAAUUGGAGGAAGUAG